CAUGCGCACUGGGUGUAAACAGGAAGAACGAAUUGAAAAAACCGGACCAAAUCCUCCAGAAAGAGCGAACGCUCCGAUUAUACCAACUGUACAAUGGUUCAUUUUAUCUUAACACGAAGAAGUUCUCUUGUAAAAUCCGAAUGAGAUUCUGAUUAAGUAAACUAAAAACAAGUGCGACUUUUCUACCAUAUCUGAUAGGCUUGCAUAAAAACCGAGAGACAGCUUUGAUCGUGACGCAUUUGACUUGCUUGGCAUUUUGCAAAAAUUUUUUUUUUCCCCCUCGAUUUCAAGUUUUCCACUCGUCUCUUAGGGUUUUGCGCCCUUUUUAAAAAAUGGUCCAAAAGGAUAAGACGCUGGAGACCGCACAGGUGGAAGCAGGACCGAGCACUAGCCCAUCCUCGGUAGAGGCUUGUGCGGCGAGUCCAGGCCUGUCGAAAGAGUCUGACGACGCCACCGUGGAAGCAGCGGGCCACAGAAAAUUCAUCAGUGGAGUUGUAGAAGGCUUUUAUGGACGCCCAUGGACAAUGGAACAGAGAAAAGAGCUAUUCAGGAGGCAGCAGAAAUGGGGACUGAAUACGUACCUUUAUGCACCCAAAGAUGACUACAAACACAGAAUGUUCUGGAGGGAAUUGUACUCAGUCGAAGAAGCAGAACAACUUAUCACUCUAAUUGGAGCAGCCAAAGAGUACGGCAUUGAGUUCAUCUAUGCAAUUUCUCCUGGACUUGACAUCACUUUCUCCAAUCAGAAAGAGGUCACAGCACUCAAGAGAAAACUGGACCAGGUGACACACUUUGGGUGCAAGUCAUUUGCCUUACUUUUUGAUGACAUCGAUCACAACAUGUGCCCUGCUGACAAGGAGGUUUUCAGCUCCUUUGCACACGCUCAGGUGUCCAUCACCAAUGAAAUCUACCAAUACCUUGGACAGCCUGAAACCUUUCUGUUCUGUCCCACAGAAUACUGUGGAACCUUCUGCUACCCAAGUGUCUCUCAGUCUCCCUACCUUCACACAGUAGGAGAGAAGCUACUGCCUGGCAUCGACAUUCUCUGGACAGGACCCAAAGUGGUAUCCAAAGACAUCACAGUGGAGUCAAUUGAGGAAGUGUCUAAAAUUUUAAGAAGAGCCCCCGUCAUCUGGGACAACAUUCACGCCAAUGACUAUGACCAGAAGAGGCUCUUCUUGGGUCCUUACAAGGGCCGCUCCACGGAACUCAUCCCCAGACUUAAGGGAGUUCUCACUAACCCUAAUUGCGAGUUUGAGUCCAACUUUGUUGCCAUUCACACCCUGGCCACCUGGUAUAAGUCUAACAUGAACGGAGUGCGCAAGGAUGUGGUCAUGACGGACGGUGAGGACAGCACUGUUUCUAUCCAAAUUAAAUUGGAGAAUGAGGGCAGUGAUGAAGAACUGGAAACUGACAUGCUAUACAGUCCCCAGCUCGCCCUGAAACUUGCACUCACAGAAUGGCUUGGAGACUUUGUUGUGCCUCACCAAUACAACAGCCGACAGGUGCCUCAAAGUGGUGCCAAAAGUACAGUUAUCGACGUGUCCUCGGUGGCCUCCCCUUCUCUUUGCUCUGCCACCACGGUCACAACUGUGUUCCAGCAACCAAUAAUGUCUCCAGCCAUGCCAUCUCACUUACUGGAACCUCACCCAUUGGCAAAAACUCCUGAGCAAGAAGAGGAGGUGGAGAAGAAGGAUUCUGAUGAGGAGCCCAUGGAGAUGGUGGUGGAAAAGCUGGAAGAGCCUGACACUGUGGUGAGCACGGAGCAGAAACUUGAGGGCCCGGUCUUGGCUGAAAAGAUGGCAGAUGAUCUUAAGCCAAUGGAUAUGGACAAGGAGAGCUUGGUAGAGUCCAAGUCUUCUGAAGAGUCCCUACAAGAGGACUCUGGGAGUGAUAUUGCCCCCAUGCAGACUGACGAUCAACUCAAGCAGGAUGUGUUUCUUCCCGGUCCCACUGAGAAGCCACUGUUCACCGUGGAGCCGCUCUCCAUCGAGGACCUGUGUCUGCUGGCGGAACUCUUUUACCUGCCAUAUGAGCACGGCCCCAAGGCCAUGCAGAUGUUGAAGGAGUUCAAUUGGCUGAGAGCUAACAGCAGCGUCGUUAGUGUAAACCGCAAGAUGAAAGAAGAUGAGAAGGUUGCAGAAUGGCAGUUGAGGGCAGAGAAGUUUGAGGAGAUGUGCUGCUCAGUCAUACAGAUGUUUACACGCCUGUCUAAUUCCGCCAACCGCACCAUCCUGUAUGACCUCUACCCUUACAUCUGGGACAUCAAGAGCAUCAUUUCUAUGGUCAAGUCCUUUGUCCAGUGGCUAGAUGGAAGAAUCCACAGUACAAGUUUCUACUGCUUUUGGAUCGACAGUGGCCGAUGGUGUCGUAGUCAGUCAUCAGCACAAUUCCCUAAAGGAGACCAAGAACCAUGGGCCUUUAGGGGAGGUCUAGCAGGAGAGUUCCAGAGAUUAUUGCCAAUUGAUGGGGCAAACGAUCUUUUCUACCAGCCUCCACCCUCACUGCCAACCUCCAAAAUCUAUUCAAUAAGGCCGUAUUUUGCCAAAGAUGAGGCUUCUGUGUAUAAAAUCUGUAAAGAAAUGUACUAUGAAGGAAUGGAGGAUGCACCUUUCUCUGAGCAGGAAUCUGACCUCAUUGGUGAUAAAAUGGUUGGUGGUCUUCUGUCUCUGAGCCCUGACUACGGCUUUGUGCUGGAGGAUGAUGAGGGCAUCUGCGGAUACGCGCUGGGCACCGUGGACGUCAAGCCCUUUAUCAAGAAAUGCGAGAUGAGCUGGAUUCCUUUCAUGCAAGAGAAGUACCACAAACCCGAUGGUCAAAAGGACCUCACAGAGGCCGAGAAGAUGAUUUUGAGUUUCCACGAGGAAGAGGAGGGCCUUCCGGAAUCUUUUCUGUCCAACUUCCCCUCCCUCAUCAAGGUUGACAUUCAUGCCAAGGUCACUGAUCCCAGUGUGGCCAAAAGUAUGAUGGGAUGUCUCUUAUCUUCCCUCAAGGCUAACGGCUCCCAAGGUGCUUUCUGCAAGGUGCGCCAGACUGACAAGAGAAUGUUGGACUUCUAUAGUAAGCUUGGGUGCUUCGAGGUGGCCAAGAUGGAGGGCUUUCCCAAAGAUGUCAUCAUAAUGGGACGAAGCUUAUGAGUCAAGCAGACUAAGGAAAGUGCAAGCUCCAGUCAACACUGAACCUUCAAGGAGACACACAUUCUAUGAUGGUUUAUAAUAGUACGUGACUGCCUAUGCUAGCAGGGACACAUGUUUUUUUAAUUUGUUCUAAGCAUGUGUGAAUCCCUGCUUUUGAAUGAGCUGAUUAGGAGCCAGCAUGGCCAAAUUGUAAUCAGUGGUGAUGAAUCAGCAUUGAAGAGUAGAGGUGCGUUUGUUAUGCCUGAAGCCUAAACACGUGUCCACCUCCAGGGAGAAUUGACAUCUUUAUUAGCCGCCUUGUUUUGCUGAAUUGAUCCAGCAGCCAUUAUGUAGAUAUGACAUACAUGACGUUGCCUAAAGUGUCUGAUCACACACACGCACCCUGAGCUGUGAAACGAGUGCAGCACAUAUGUACAAAAUGUCACAUUACAACGGCCUCAUCAUGAAGCACAGUUCAUUUUUUCUUUGUAUAGGAAAAGGUUGCGCUGAAUCAAAACCGCGCAAUUUGAAUGGGUAGUUUACGUUCGACGCAUUAAAGAAGUGCCCAUUAUUGCUCAAUGAUCCACGCAACACCCCAGUGACCAUUUUGCCUUUUGGUUCUUUUGCCUUUGAUUGUUCAGAUUUCGGUUUCUAAUAGACCUCAGUGUCAUUUUUUUUUUUCACCAUUUUGUUACGAUAAGGUUUGUUGGUUUGGGAUAAUCUUGCAUCACAACUCAUUUAUGUGAAAUGAUUAGUGCAUUAGUGUAUUUUUCUCCUCUUCCAUCAGUUUACCGAUCUAAAUCAGGGUUGGGGAACCUUUUUCACGGCCAAAAGGCCUCUUCUAAAGUUCAUAUUUACUGUGGGACCAAAAAUCUGUACAAUACUGAUCCCUUUUUUUGUGGGAAAAUGAUUUAUGUGCAGCUGUUUUUAGGAAUGACUGCACUGUUUCUUUCCAACACCUUUAUGAGCACGUGCUGGCAUGUUAACUGAGCUGUGGAAUAUUUCAAACUACGUUAUGAAAUAUUUUUCUAUCCAGUUUUGCCUUUCUGAGCAUGCUUUUUUAUCUGUAAUUCCGCACUGUACCACCAACCUCUUGUUCCCGCUUGUCACCAAAUGGUCUUUUUGGGGGGUGUAAUUCAUGUUGAAUGUUUUGCUUUCUAAUGCAUUUUCCACCUUUUAUUGUAAAAACAUAUACAGUAUAGUGAACAAACAAGCACUUUGGUCAACAUGUUCUGUUGCUCUUCAGCCAGACCUAGUGUUCAUUUAGAACCUCAUUGGAAGGCACAUAAAGAAGAUGCAUGUCACUCACCUCUGUGAGCGUGAUAAUGUAAACAAAUAUUAAACGCUGUCAAACAUGUUAUUCAGUAUCCUUUACUGAAAUUGUGUCAAUUUAUUUUUGGCCCGAUGUCAAAGAAAAUGUGGUCUGAGCUUAAAUUCCUCCACAGGUGAAACAUGAACAGUGAUGGGCUCUGACUGAGUGAAAGUGUUCAUAUUGUAAAUUUUCAUUUAUGCAAGUUUUGGGGCAGUUUACAUGUAAAAUUUGUAAGUGCAUUAAGUUGACAAUAAAGCGUUCUAAAUGAUCAAGUUGUGCGCCACGGCCAAUUUAAUUGCAAUGCAACCCUACCUACCAUCUUCA